AUGGAGUGUGAGAGAAAAACUAAAAAUCUGACUUUCAUUAAUCUUCUAGAUGUUGGGGAAAUCUAUUCAAGACUACUGGAUCACAGACCAGUAAUUCAGGGAGAAAUACGUUACUUUGUUAAAGAAUUUGAAGAAAAACGUGGCCUCCGAGAACUACGAGUACUUGAAAAUCUAAAGAACACAAUCUUUGAAACAAAUGAAUAUGUUCUUCCUAAGUGUGAGCAGGCAAUGCAUGACAAUCUGAAUGAAGCAUUCAAGAGAUUGCAAGCUGCCAACGAUACGAUCCAUAGACUCCAAGAGAAGGAGCAUGAAGAGAGGAAGCUUCAGGCGGACAAGCUGAUGGGUCGUGAAGAGAAGCGCAUAGCCCACUGGGAGGAAUUCAUGAAAGAACAACAAAACAAACGAGCAGAGGUGGACGAAGAACACAGAAAAGCUAUGGAGCGCCUCAAAGAGCAGUAUUCUGAGAUGGAGAAGGAACUGGCCAAAUAUGUUUCUUUUUAA